UUUUGGUGGUUUGCAAACAAGCUUACACGAGCAUUGCCGCCAUCUACUGAUCUGGAGAAGAAAGCAGUAGAUUUUUAUUUUAUUUUGUAGUAGUAGAGAAAGACAGUAGAGGGCACAGUUGUGACUCUGGGAAAAUUAAGGAUUAUGAUGAUGCCAUCGUUUUUUUGGGUCAGUGAGGACAUUUCCAGCAGACUGUCUUCUUCCAGCUGUGUCUCCCAGUCACCACUGCCUGGUUCCUGAGGUCAACUUGAGCCAAGAUUGGCAAGAUGCUACUGUUCCAAAAGAGGUGGUGAACAGGAAGCAGGAGCUGAGCAGUUGGAGCAGAUACAGGCUGGAUGUGGUUCCAGAACAGCAUCAACUCUUUGCUGGUCUGGGACAAAGAACCACUUAAGUGGGGACGUUUCCAGCAGACUGUCUUCUUCCUGCUAUGUGCCAGCGUCGUGCCCAAUGGAUUUGGUGUUUUCUUUACUGUCUUCUUGACUGACACUCCCAGUCACCACUGCCUGGUUCCUGAGGUUAACCUGAGCCAAGCUUGGCGUGAUGCUACCAUCCCAAUAGAGGUGGUGGACGGGAGGCAGGAGCUGAGCAGUUGCAGCAGAUACAGGCUGGAUGUGGUCAGAAAUCUGUCUGCUCAGGGACUCGUUCCUGGCAGAGACGUCAACCUCACAGAUCUGGAGCGGGAGGGCUGUGUGGACGGGUGGAGCUACAGCAGAGACAUCUACCAAUCCACCAUAGUCUCUGAGUUUGACCUGGUGUGCAGUGACCAAUGGAAACAGCCGUUCACCACCACGCUUUUGUUACUAGGAAUUCUUUUUGGAUCCUUUGUCUCAGGACAGCUCUCAGACAGGUUUGGAAGAAAGCCUGUUCUUUUUGCAACCAUGGCAGUUCAGACACUUUUUACCAUUGUCCAAAUCUUUUCACCUUCUUGGACGGUGUUCUCCAUCCUCUUUUUCAUGAGCGGUUUGGGACAGAUCUCCAACUACAUAUCUGGUUUUGUGCUGGGUGCUGAGAUCUUGACUGGCAACGUGCGGGACAUGUUUUCGACCAUGGGUAUAUCCUUGGGCUUUGCUGUCGGCUACAUGCUACUACCUCUAUUUGCUUAUUUUUUAAGAGACUGGAAAUCUCUGCUGUUGGGUCUCUCUCUACCUUGCUUUGCAUACAUCCCCCUCUGGUGGUUCAUUCCAGAGUCUCCUCGGUGGCUCCUCUCUCAGGGAAGAGUGGAAGAGGCAGAGGCCAUAAUAAGAAAGGCUGCUAAAAUCAACAAAGUUGAGGCUCCUCAGGUCAUCUUUGAAGAUUACAGUACUCAUGUGAAUGAGAAUAAUACACAUCCUAAGAGCAACAACAAUUUCCUCGACCUGCUGAGCACAAGAAACAUCAGAAACACAACUAUCAUCCUGUGCCUGCUGUGGCUCACUCUAAGUACUGGAUACUUUGGCUUGUCUCUGAACACUUCCCAGCUUCAUGCGAACCCCUAUAUCAGCUGCUUCUUCUCAGCGGCAGUCGAGGUACCAGCUUACAUUUCCUGCUGGCUGGCACAGCGUUACCUUCCACGACGAGUGUCUGUCAUCAGUCUCUUGCUGCUUGAAGCAGUGUCACUCUACUCCAUUCAGCUGGUGCCUCAAAGUCUAUCAUACCUGUCUUUUGCUCUGGAGAUGCUGGGUAAAUUUGCUGUCUCUGCCAGUUCAACCCUAAUGUAUGCCUACACAGCAGAACUUUACCCGACAGUCCUGAGGAACACAGCGACAGGGACAUGUUGCACAGUUUCCAGAGUGGGAUCCUGCAUUACGCCUUUUCUGUUAAAGCUGUGUUUCUACUUUAAGUACCUGCCUAAUAUUAUACUUGGGACUCUGGCUGCUGUGUCUGCUUUUGCCGCUUUUUUCCUGCCAGAGAGUUUUGGACAACCUUUACCUCAAACCAUUCAACAGAUGCGUAAAAUAAAAAGCAUAACGUGCCCAUUCACCACUCGAGCGGAACAUUCAAAACCUGUGAUUGUUGUGGAAAGUAGACUCUAAAACUUCUCUUGCAUGAAUGAAUAAGUAUACUUAAUUAUACUUAAUGACAUUAAGUGAAUUUAAAGAAAAUAAAGCUUGUAGAGCACUUA